AUGAAAGUGGUCCCUGAAGCCUGUUUAUACACAAGUUGUGGAAAAAAUAACACAUGGAGCUUGCAGUGCCACAUCCUCUGCUCGAUUGAGGAAUACUGUGCCACAUUUGGUUUUAGAGUUUGCACUACGUGGCUGGUAAAGAUGGGGGGCCGAGGACCAUUGGCAGAAGGGUUUUGCGGAUGGCUCAGCUGCCGACUUGUCGAGAUAACACCCGCAAACUCUUCGGAGAUUAUUUGUUAUCGUGUGAAGACCUUUCCAUUGGAUUUUGUGUCAGCACUAGUCUUAUUUUUUUCAGAAAUUCUUACCAACGGUUCGGUUAACCUGGUAAGCCAGCUCUAG